UUCAUUUGAAUCAUUUAUUUUACUCACAGAUGUCAAUAACAUGUCAUGGUAGUAAUAUCAAGGUAAAUAAUUCUGGUUUGAAAAGCACACAUUUAGUAGGCAUGUUAUUAGACUCUCCAUAACAUGUCUACCAGACUGUAGUAAUGGUGAUGUUCUGCAGUGUUUAACACCAAUCCAGCUCAGGUGUGUGUAGAUUAACCGUAGUGACUCUGUGUGUGUGUGUGUUCAGGUGCGCUGGAUGAUGUACUGGAUUGUAUUUGCCUUGUAUACAGUCGUGGAGACAAUCACUGACCUGACUGUAGCUUGGUUCCCUCUGUACUACGAGCUGAAGAUAGCCUUUGUGAUCUGGCUGCUGUCGCCUUACACCAGAGGAGCAAGUCUCAUUUACAGGAAGUGUCUGCACCCCCUGCUGUCCUCCAGAGAGAGAGAAAUAGAUGAAUAUAUCGUGCAGGCCAAAGAGAGAAGCUAUGAGACCAUGGUGAACUUUGGCAAGCAGGGAUUAAGUAUUGCAGCUACGGCUGCUGUCUCUGCUGCUGUCAAGGGUCAGGGAGCCAUAACAGAGAAGCUGCGCAGCCUGAGCAUGCAUGAUCUGACGCAGAUCGGCCAGCAGGACGACAGAGGAAACCAGCUGUACCCGUACAACCCCCACUCAGCUAACCCGGCCUCCAGGAGGUCCCAGAACACCGACCCAGCCUCCAGAGAUGAGUACUAUUAUGAGCAGGAGGAUGGGUCUGAUGACGAGGCUGAGCCAACGUUCUCUGAAGAUGAGGCCGUCAGUCAGAAAGGACUAAGACGUUCCCAGAGCGUCAAGAUCACAAGAUCCAGAGUCCGCAAAGAUCAGCUUCGUUAUGGAUCACUGAAGAUCAAAGGCAAGAAGAGGCCUGCGCUGAACUCUGUGAACUACGGCACGUCAUGAGACCCUGCAGAGCUGCCUGCUGAUUGGUGGAUGAUCUUGUUUUCCCACUCUGACGGUUCACUGUGCUGGACUCUAUGUGAUGACCAGUCUGGUGACAUAUUUAUUACCUGCGGCUCAGAGCGUUUCCCCUCAGUGUUUUCCAGGGGUAUUAUCGUCUAUCUGUCGUCUCUCACUAGGACUGAUGGAUUUUUAUUGGAGUGGGAAAUAUCUUGUCUUUAUAUUUUAGACACAUUCCUCAUCAUCUGCUCUUUCACUUAAUAUGAAUAACAUGGUACCACUGUGGCUUGGCGAUUUCAAAUGUUGCUAAUAGCUUUAGUGUUAAUUUUAUGCUACUGCUUUCCAAAAUAUCUGACUCCAUAAUCAGAAUAAAAUAUUAUUUUCAUCAUCUGAAA